GGCGGGGAGGGAACUGGAGGAGCGAAGGGGCCUAGAGGUCUUCGCCGAAACCGUGUGUGUGAGGCCGGCGGCCGGCAGGAGAGGCGUCCGGGGUGGACUGGCCCGAGAGGGAGCCCCUUUCCCGAACGGCCGGAGGAGGCCGCCUAGGGGGCGGGCAGAGGCAGGGAGGGCCAGCAUGCCCCCAAUGCUGUUCCCCGCCCUGCCGCUGCUCCUGGGCGCCACGCUGACCUUCCGGGCGCUCCGGCACGCGCUCUGUCGCCUGCCCCUGCCUGCGCACGUGCGCGCCGACCCCCUGCGCACCUGGCGCUGGCACAACCUUCUCGUCUCCUUCGCCCAUUCCAUUGUGUCAGGGAUCUGGGCGCUACUGUGUAUAUGGCAGACCCCUGAGAUGCUGGUGGACGUUGAGAGCGCAUGGUCGCUUUCUGGCUAUCUGCUUGUUUGCUUUUCCGCAGGGUACUUCAUCCACGACACACUGGAUAUUGUGGUUAGCCAACAGGCACGAGCUUCUUGGGAAUACCUCGUCCACCACGUCAUGGCUAUGGGUGCCUUCUUUUCAGGCAUCUUUUGGAGCAGAUUUGUUGGUGGGGGCGUCCUAACACUGCUGGUGGAGGUCAGCAACAUCUUUCUCACAAUUCGCAUGAUGAUGAAGAUCAAUAAUGCCCAGGACCUCCUCCUCUAUCGAGUCAACAAAUACAUCAACUUGUUUAUGUACUUUCUUUUCCGCCUGGCCCCUCAGGCGUACCUCACCCAUUUCUUCCUGGGUUACGCCGGCCAGAGGAACCUGGGAACCUUUCUGCUGGGCAUCCUGCUUAUGCUGGACGUCAUGAUCCUCGUCUACUUUUCCCGCCUCCUCCGCUCUGACUUCUGCCCCCAAGGUGUCCCCAGCCGGCAACACAAAGACAAGUUCUUGAUUGAGUGAAAAACGCAUUUAGGGACUUGUGGCAAGGACAGCAAACACAGCCAAGAACACCGUCACACGGACUGAGAAGAGACUUAGCCCCUUGCCUGAGGUGUCCUCUGGGGCCAGCCACUCCACCUUUCAAGCCUGCACCCACUAUUGAAAACACUAAUGAAAGCACUCUUCUGAAGUCCUUGUCCUUCCUUGGGCAAGGGGUGAGGGAAGCAGACAGACCGGUUGGACAUGGUAGAUGGGUAUGGGGACAAGGUGCUACCGGAAAGCCAGCCAACCCACACUGCCCUGAAAUGGAUGCUAAUGAAAACUCUGGAUAUUGGUUUCAUACAAAGCCUCUUCCAGAGAUGAAGCAAGGGGUUCUUGCAAAGCUUCUUGCUUGGUCUCUUACCUCAUGAUGGAGGCCAAGUUGCAGUUGUCCUAAGAUGUGUCUGGGUCACAAAUAUCUG